AUGUUGAAAGAUGAGGUUCGCACUCGCUCCUACAUGAACGCCAUUGUCCAGAACAAGCACCUGUUCAAGGACAAGGUUGUUCUCGAUGUUGGCUGCGGUACCGCUAUUCUGUCCAUGUUUGCCGUCAAGGCCGGCGCUAAGCACGUUAUCGGUGUCGACAUGUCCACCAUCAUCUUCAAGGCUCGCGAGAUCGUCAAGGUCAACGGCAUGUCUGACAAGAUCACCCUGAUCCAGGGCAAGAUGGAGGAGGUUGAGCUCCCCUUCCCCAAGGUCGACAUCAUCAUCUCAGAGUGGAUGGGCUACUUCCUGCUCUACGAGUCCAUGCUUGACACCGUCCUGUACGCCCGUGACAGGUACCUGAACCCCGACGGUCUUAUUUUCCCCGACAAGGCCACCAUUUUUGUUGCCGGUAUCGAGGAUGGUGACUACAAGGACGAGAAGAUUGGAUUCUGGGACAACGUCUACGGCUUUGACUACUCGCCUCUCAAGGCCACCGCCCUGGCUGAGCCCCUUGUCGAUACUGUCGAGAUGAAGGCCGUCGUUACAGACCCCGCCCCCGUCCUGACCCUGGACCUCUACAAGUGCCAGGUCUCUGACCUUGCCUUCAGCUCCAACUUCAAGCUGUCGGCUCGCCGUGACGAUUUCGUCCAUGCCCUCGUCGCUUGGUUUGACAUUGACUUCACCGCCGCCCACAAGCCUAUCCGUUUCUCUACUGGCCCUCACACCAAGUACACUCACUGGAAGCAGACCGUCUUCUACCUGAAGGACGUUCUUACCAUGCAGGCCGGUGAGGAGGUUGAGACUAGCCUGGAGGUUAAGCCCAACGAGAAGAACCGCCGUGACUUGGACAUCAAGGUCGCCUACAAGUUGCUCACCGACGACGCUACCCGUAAUGCCGAGGGUGGUGCCGAGUACAAGAUGUGCUAA